UGCUUCUGAAACUCCAAAAGCUUCGAGCUUUUACAUCGCUAUGUAUCUGUAAAAACAUAUAUCGAACUAUAUAACAAUGGCGACCACAAACCCUUUUGAUCUUCUCGGCGACGAUGACAACGACGACCCCAAUCAGCUCCUCCAGAAGCUCCCUCCCCCUCCGAAGAAAGCCCUUGCUCCGGCUCAGUCCGCCGCCGCUACUCAGCCGGCUAAGCUGCCCUCCAAGCCUCUCCCUCCAGCUCAGGCCGUGCAUUACCAUUGUGAAGGUCAUUGAGAAUGAGUGGUUUAAGAAGGGAUAUAAGCCUCCUAUUUUUGCAAACGAGGAUGUUAGUCUCGACGAUGUGGAUGCUAUUUUCAAUGAAUCAAGGGACACUCAAAACCUUGUCGUGGAAAGACGAGAAGAACAACCUAUGAAUCCUGUCUCUAUGAACGCUUUUGAAUACUUAUAUCUAAAUCUUAGGGUCUCAACCUCAGUUCUCUGUUUGAAAAGCAAAUGGUGAAACGAUGACAACCCUUCUCAGUGAUAAAUGUACUAAGUUAUUGUAUGAACAGUACACAACUAGGUUAUUUGUAGCCACUGCAAGUACCAGUUAAUGCAUUAUUUACUAAGCUGAUAUAUAUAUAUAUAUACUUUAAUUCUCGUUGUUUUUAUGACUACAAGAUGCAUCAUGCAAUUUUGGAUUUUUGUUUUUAUAUUAUUUUUAACCUAUUUUC